CAGAUGGCUUCGUUUCCAGACUCGGACCUGCAGACGUGCCCGCUCUGCAAGGAGCUUUGUGGUUCCUCGGCCCCUAUUUCCUCCAGCUCAUCCACUUCCUCUUCCUCUUCCCACACCUCGAACUCCUCCAGCCAGACCAGCAGGAGGCUCCACGUCCUUCCCUGCCUCCAUACGUUCUGCAGGCAGUGCCUGGAGGGCCAGCGCAGUCCAGGUGACCCUCUCAAAUUACGCUGCCCCACCUGCGACCAGAAGGUGUCCAUCUCCGAGGCCGGUGUGGACUCUCUGCCUUCCUCCAACUUCCUCUUCAACAACCUGUUGGAUGUGGUGGUGAGCACCGAGGAGCAGAUUCAGAACAAGAAUGGCCACCACCACCCUCAGCGAGGAGGCUUGGGUUCAUCUGGCUUCCAUCACACCCAGGGAGGCCUUUUGCACCCCCAUCUCAUGGGAGAGCCUCAGUGCAGCUCCUGCGAUGAAGAGAACCUGGCCACCUCCCACUGUCUCGACUGCCAAGAGUAUCUGUGUGACAACUGCGUGCGUGCCCAUCAACGGGUGAGGCUGACCAAGGACCACUUCAUUGAGAGGCUCGGGGAGAACCUCCACCAGGCCCGAGUCAACAGUAACCCAGGCCAAGCGGGCAUGCCUGUGUCACUCGCCCAAUCCCUACAGAACAACUUUGCCCUGCUGUCCCUCUUCCAGGACCGCAUGAGCUUCUGCCAACAGCACGACAAUGAGGUUUUCUUGUUCUUUUGCGAAAGCUGCUCCGUGCCCAUCUGCAGGGAGUGCAGCAUGAGCCGUCACGUGGGCCACACUUUUGUUUACCUCCAAGAUGCCGUGCAGGACUGCAGAUCUGUCACCAUCCAGCUGCUAGCUGAUGCACAGAAGGGAAGACAGGCCGUGCAGCUGAGCAUGGAGAAGGUCCAAGCAAUGGCAGAGCAGGUGGAGAUUAAGGCUAAGGUAGUGCAGACUGAAGUGAAGGCCCUGGUCCUCAGACACAAGAAGGCGUUGGAGGAGAGAGAGUGUGAACUACUGUGGAAGUUGGAGAAGAUCCGACAGGUGAAGGCAAAAUCGCUGUACCUGCAAGUGGAAAAACUGCACCAGAGUCUGACCAAGUUGGACAGCACCAUUGCCGCCGUCAGCCAGGUGCUGGACGAGGGCCGCCACAUUGACGUGCUCCUGGCACGCGAGCGGAUGCUCACACAAAUCCAUGAACUCAAAGCACUGAGGAGUCUGAUGCAGCCGCAGGAGGAUGACCGGUUCAUGUUCACGCCUCCAGACCAAGCUUUGUACAUAGCUAUCCAGUCCAUGGGCCUGAUCAGCAGUGGAGCCUUCGCCCCGGUCACCAAAGCGCAUGGCGACGGUCUCAACAGCGCGCUUCGUGGCAAGCACGCAGCUUUUACCGUGAUCGGAUACGACCACGAUGGCGAGCCCCGUCUGUCUGGUGGCGACAUGGUGACCGCAAUAGUCAUGUCGGUCGCCGAUGCCAACCUGUCGGCGGCGGAAGUGACCGACCACCAAAAUGGCUCGUACACAGUCGGCUACGUGGCCAAAUGUGAGGGGGAGCAUUUGGUGUCAGUGUUGGUGUGCAAUCAACACAUUCAAGGCAGCCCCUUCAAGGUGUUUGUGAAAUCGGGACGCAGCUACGGCUCUCUGGGUUCCCAAGUGUCAUCGUUCGGGGGCGAAGGCGAGGGGGAUGGUCAGCUGUGUCGUCCGUGGGGGAUCAGUGUGGACAAGGAGGGAUUUGUAGUGGUGGCAGACCGCAGCAACAACCGCAUACAGAUAUUCAAGCCCUGUGGCACAUUCAACCACAAGUUUGGCUCUCUAGGGUCUCGGCCCGGUCAGUUCGAUCGUCCGGCCGGGGUCGCCUGCGACAGUCAGAGACGAAUCAUUGUGGCCGACAAAGACAAUCACCGUGUGCAGGUGUUUACUUUUGAGGGCCAGUUCCUGCUGAAGUUUGGGGAAAAGGGGACCAAGAAUGGGCAGUUCAACUAUCCCUGGGAUGUGGCCGUCAACUCCGAGGGUAAGAUCUUGGUCUCGGACACCAGGAACCACCGCGUGCAACUGUUUUCCCCCGACGGCUCGUUCCUCAACAAAUACGGCUUCGAGGGGGCUCUGUGGAAACACUUCGACUCUCCCAGAGGUGUGGCCUUCAACCACGAGGACCACCUAGUGGUGACCGACUUCAACAACCACCGACUCCUGGUCAUCCGGCCCGACUGCCAGUCCGCCCGUUUCCUGGGCUCCGAGGGCAUCGGUAACGGUCAGUUCCUGAGGCCCCAAGGUGUGGCCGUGGAUCAGGAGAACCGCAUCAUCGUGGCGGACUCCCGCAACCACCGCGUGCAAGUGUUUGAGCCCAACGGAAAUUUCUUAUGCAAAUUUGGAACGCAGGGGAGCGGCUUCGGACAGAUGGAUCGUCCCUCCGGCGUGGCCGUGACACCGGACGGCGUCAUUGUCGUCGUCGACUUCGGGAAUAACCGUAUCCUCAAGUUUUAG